AGAUCUCUUUGAUAUGACAAAACGCCGUCCAUCUAACAAAAAACCGACAGGAGUGAAUACAUCUCUUGGGAAUUCACUUACAAAUCAACGCGAUAAAGUGCGAAAAGCUCAUCAGCGAUCUAAAUACGACGCCGAAGAAAUCGAAAAUCCGGCAUUUUUGGAAGCUGAAGCAAAGAAGUACAUUGACUCCAUCACUGAUGAAACAAGUCUCGAAGAAUUUUUGGCAAAAGCACAGCUUGCUGGAACGGAGUUCACAGCAGAACGGGAACAAAUUCGAGUUGUUGAGAAGCAAUCGGCGCUAGUCAUUCCCUCUCGUGUACAGUAUGAGGACAACAUUGAAUUGCAAAAGCAAUUUGAGCACAAACUGAGAAUUCCACGAAGGCCUCACAAAGAUCUUUGGAAUACUCCAGAGGAAUUGACAAAGCAGGAGAAUGAAGCGUUUCUGAAGUGGAGAUCGGAUCUUUCAGAGUUGCAAGAGCAUGAUGGUCUUGCGUUAACACCUUUCGAGAGAAAUCCGGAUAUGUGGAGAGAAUUGUGGCGAGUUGUCGAACGCAGCGAUAUCGUUGUCCAGAUUGUGGAUGCACGUAACCCACUACUUUUUCGAAGCAAAGAUCUUGAUGCAUACGUGAAAGAAGUAGAUGCUGCCAAGCAAAUUCUUCUGCUUGUCAAUAAAGCUGAUCUCCUGGAAGAAUACCAUCUUAUCCAAUGGGCAAACUACUUCACAGAGAAUAAAAUAAACGCGGUUUUCUGGUCUGCGCUCGAGGAUACUACUCACGAAGGUGACAUGGAAUGUGAGGCUACGCCGUCCACUGCAACAUCUGUGAAUGGGCAAAUGUACUUGAGAACACGUGAACAGAUGAUACAGUACUUAAAAGACAUUGGGCAUGCUUCUGACACACCCGGUGCUAAACCUGUAGUCGUUGGAAUGGUCGGAUAUCCAAAUGUUGGCAAGAGCUCAACAAUUAAUAAACUGGCUGGAGAGAAAAAGGUGUCAGUUUCUGCUACGCCUGGCAAAACGCGGCAUUUUCAGACAAUCCAUAUAGAUAGUCAGCUCUGUUUAUGCGAUUGUCCCGGUCUUGUAAUGCCAUCAUUUACUUUUGGAAGAAACGAAAUGUUCUUGAAUGGUAUACUCCCAGCUGAUCAAAUGCGUGAAUAUUUUGGACCUAUUUCUUUGUUGAUGUCUCGGGUACCAGUAUCAUACUUUGAACGAACUUACUCGAUCAUGUUACCAGAAGGAUCAAAGCCUUCUGCAUUGAACCUCCUCACGUCUCUAGCGUUCAUGCGAGGAUUUAUGUCAGCAGCAGGAGUCCCGGAUUGUUCCCGUGCUGCACGAUUUCUUAUCAAAGACGUCGUUGCUGGAAAGCUACGAUGGGUCGCAUGUCCGCCAGGUGUCGACCAAGAAGAAUUUAACAGUCAUCUUUAUCCUGCCGAUGCUGAGAAGUCAGGAUCAGGUCGAGUUCAACUGGAACAACUUGAGAGGCGAGGAUUGCUUGAAGGUGAAGGCGCUGCGAACAGAGAACUGGAUGCGAGGUUUUUCGAGGAAGAAAAGGGUGCCGCUCACAUCAAAUGUUCAAAGCAUAAUAAGUCUGCGCUGCCAACGGGGACCACUGUUGAUCCUACAUUGGCAGAGAAGAAUGAUAAACGACAUUUCAACAAGAAUAAGAAAGAGAAAUUGCGAAGAGUAUAUGUUUCCUCACAUUGAGUUGUACAGUUGUAUAAAAUAAAAGUUAUC